AUGGCGAAAGGGUUGGGGCGCACGAGCCCGUGGAAAUCGUCGAAUGGCCGCUUCAACGACACUCGACCCAGAGAUGCUGGGAAAGUGAAGAAUAACGUCUGGCGGCGAAGGCCAGACGACGAUUUUACUAUCAAUCGCUCUGCCAGUUAUCGGGACCCACGAAGGGACCCGCGAUUAAGACAGUCUGAGGCUUCCGACCUCAUCUCCGUGCAAACAAACAAAGAAGCAGCCUCGUCACCACCGCGUCACGGGCCUUCGCAACUUCCGACGCCUCCCAAUUCUGCAGUUGACCCGCAUCCAUAUCCACAACGACAUCAGUCCAUGUACCUUAAUAUGCCAUCUGCCACUUCGCAAAUGGAGCCACCGAGUCCGAAAGCUCAGACAAGUGUCAAGUCGCCUGACACCAAUGGAGAAACAUCGUUGAUGGAUUCGACCACCCAAUGCAAGGACGCAAACUUAGUGCGGCAAGAGGUCGACAUUGUCAAAGAUGCAAUAAGCGCAAACAGUGCAGUUUUCUCUGAACAACUAGAUAGCCUCAGAGCCGACCUUACGAAGCAAACCAAUGAAGACCGAAGCCAGCGGCUUUUAUUGUCGAGGCAGCUAGACAGCUUAAGGGAUGAUCUCACCAAAGAGAGAGGGGAGCACAGUGAAUUGCGGCAAUCGUUGACUAACGAGCUGGAUACUCUCAAGCAAGAGUCAUUGAGACAGAAGCAGGAACAUAGCAACCUGCGGCAUUCGUUGACCAACGAGCUGGAUACUCUGAAGCAAGAGUCGUGGAGACAGGGACAAGCGGACCAUAGCCUCCGUCAAUCAUUCAAUGAGAUCAGUGCCAGUGUCCAGGCUGGCAAAGCUGAAAAUGAUGCCUCUCUAUUCCGCAUCAACAAUUUAGAGCAAGACUCCAAGACAGCGAAGUAUGAAAAGCUAGCAGUACAUGACGCCGAGCAAGACAAAAUCAUUGCCAAGCAAGCAGAAGAACUUCGCACCUUGCGCCAAUCCAUAAUGAGCUUGAAUGCCUACGUUCAGCUUACGUUUCCAACCGGUAAUCCUGUUGCCAAUCAGCAUAUGCACGCUUCGGCCAUGUAUCUCGCUCAAACCCAACCACAGGCGUCAAGACAAGGUACAUCUCCACCCCAAGGUCAUGUCCAACGACCACGUAUUUCUCCUUCAGCACAAGUAGCUCGUCCACAGCUUGCACUAGGAUCACAAACAUCAUUUCAGCGUUCACAACCGCCAUCGGAUUCCCCGUCAUCAGCACAAUCUAGUACUCCCUCUCCAGCCUCCACUCCACGGCAAAUGAAUCCCCCCAUGGAUGCCAAUGUCGUUCUUCAUCGUCUUAUACAAGAUCAACAGGAAUUCAAUAAAGUACUCAAAGAAUCUUCGAACAAGCUCGAUUCCACCACGCAAUUCGUACUCAACCACCAGCAGAGAUUUGAGCAGUUAGACUCAGCCGAAUUCAUGAGGACGAUCUGUACCAACAUGGUUCAUGCCUUAGGCUUUCAUCCAGGUGUUGUAGCUGCAGAUAUCAACAAUUGUAAGGCUGAGAUUGAAGCUCUGAACCGGUUCAAGAUCCAGGCCAAUAACGCAAUCUCUGUCUUACAACAGCCACAACAGACACCGAUUGUCCUCAACUCUGCCCCAAUGCCAGGGAUGCCCGCAAGAUUCGCAGCGUACCCGAUAGUGCCAGGAAACUUUCCACCCCGCCAGCAGGCACCAAUCGUCCAGCAACCAGCCAAUUGGGUAACGCCGGCGCCCCAUCAGCGCCGAGUCUCUAGCCAUAAUCGUCAACAAGCGCCUGCCGCAGAGGCUCCCACUCCUGCACCAGCCCUCUUAUCGUCGGCAGCGAGUAUUCCGCGCCCUGUUUCGGCCUCAGCAAUAGUGCAACAGCCAGUAAUCGAGACGCCUCCCGCUCCGGCAGCCACAAUGCCGCCGCCGGCCGUUCCUCAGCGCCCGGCCUCCACGUCAAUUAACAUGCUGCCGCCAGCCAAGCAGCCCUCUCCCGUUCUUGGGAGUCAGGCUCCGGCGCCACCAGCACCUUCCGCGCCUUCUCCAGCUGCCACCAUAGCGGUGCAGCAGCCAAUGGCACCUAAGGCAAUCAUGAUAUCAUCCGACGAAUCGGAUGACGAGGGGCCGCUGCGCCGCUCCUGGGCGGAGCGAAAGCGGACUGCUGCCGCUGCGUUCGCAGCAGGGGAGGAGGAGGAGGAGGAGGAGGAUGAAGAGCCAAUAGCGGCUCGCCGCCGUGCCAGACGGCCGGCGGAGGCCGUGAGAUGCACGGUUAGUAAAGGGGGAGAGGUCUAG